ACAAUAUUAUUAUUAUUAUCUGAAACAAAAGCUAGAAACCAAAAAAGGAGGUUAGCAAAUUCUCAAAGUAGCUUUGGAGAGAAAGGGAAUAAAAGAUAUGUCGUUUGAGGAGACAGAGCUAAGGUUAGGGUUACCUGGAAAUAAUGAUAAUGAUAAUAACAAUAAUGUUAUUAUUAUAAGGAAGAGAGGUUUCAAUGAAGAAGCAGAUGAUGAUCAGCAAACAAUACUAACAGUAAUGCCUGAUUUGAAGCUUAAUCUAACUUCAUCACCUAAGGAAGAAGUGGUGGGUUGGCCACCAAUAAGUUGCUGUAGAAAGAAAAGAUUGGGGCUUCAAAAGGGAAGUAAAGAGGAAGAAUAUGAUGAAGACCAAAAGAAGAAUGUGAUGAAGAAGAAGAUUAGGUUUGUGAAGGUUAGCCUUGAUGGUGCACCUUAUCUUCGUAAGGUUGACUUGACCAUGUACAACAGCUACAAUCAACUUUCUCAUGCCUUGGCCAAAUUCUUUGGUGCCUUCACCAUUGGUAAGUGUGGAUCAGAAGCAGGUGGGAUGAAAGAAUUGAUGAAUGAAUUGAAAGUAAAUGUAGAUUGUUCUGAUUAUGUUCCAACCUAUCAAGACAUAGAUGGUGAUUGGAUGCUUCUUGGUGAUGUUCCUUGGCAGAUGUUUGUUGAAUCUUGCAAUCGUGUACGCAUAAUGAAAGGAAAGGAAGCCAUUGGCAUUGCACCAAGAGCUGUAGAGAAGUACUGCAAGAACAACAAUAAUAAGACCUAACUAUUCACACACUAUUGUUGAUAUAUUUGCAAGGCAAAUGCAUGCAUGCAUUAUGCUUCUCGUAAAUUAAGAUGAUUCUGGCUUUGUGGGCACAUUGGUUAUUCGUCUUUCUAUAUUUUUCAAAAGAUAACAUAUAUAAUGGAGUUUGGAAUGAAUUAUUGUAAAAUUUGGAAGUAGUUAAUGUGAGACUAUUAAUUUGCAUCUA